CUUCGAACAGAACUGCCUCUCAGAAAAAUGGACGGUCCAGUGAUUCUGCUGAUGAAGGAUAUCUACUAUCCCGUUCUUGCAGCCAUCGGUUUUCCUGCAAACAUAAUGACAAUUGCCAUUCUUUUGCAAGGAAACUGCGGCCUCUCGAAAUGUAUCUCUCUCUACAUGCUGGCCAUGGCAACUGCCGAUCUACUGGUCAUCAUCAACAAUGUAAUCAUUUACAGCAUUCUUAUGUAUCACUUUCCAUUAUCUUUUCUGUCUCAGACACAUAUUUGUAAGAUUAUUUUGUAUAUGGGUCGUGUUGUUUUGAAUAUAUCAGUUUGGUUCACAGUUGCCUUCACUUUUGAUCGCUUUGUCAUCAUCUGUUGUCCAAAAUUUAAGACAAGGUAUUGUACUGUAAGAAUUCCCGUCACAGUUAUAACUGUGAUCUUUGUCGUCAUGUGGAUCAAGGAUUUCCCCAUUUUCUUUGCAUAUGAACACGAACGCAUUAUGAACAAUGUGGAAUGGAACUGUCAGCCAAGUGUUACAUUCUUUUCCUCAUUUGCAGGAUUAGCAUACAUCUGGCUUUACAUCAUCUGUUUAGUUUGGCUUCCUUUCAUUUUAGUUGCCGUUUUUAAUGCAUUGACAAUCAAGCAUAUACUAGUGGCCAGCAAAGCCCGCAGAGAGCUUCGAAUUGAUGAUCAAUGUGAUCCAGAGAUGAAGAAUCGAGUGAAAUCUAUUGUUUUGCUCUUUGCUGUCUCGGGAAGUUUCAUCCUGUUGUGGUUGACGGCUGUGAUAACACUCAUAAUGACCAAAGUCACAAAUCCCAAUUAUUUCCGAGGAGACCUUGACAAUCCAACAUACAUCAGUGUUGAAACUGGAGCCAUGCUGAGAUAUUUGAGCUCCUGCUCAAACACAUGCAUUUACUCCAUCACCCAGAGAAAAUUCCGAGAAGAGCUUCUGGAUAUCCUCAAAUCACCCUAUGCAUUCAUUGUGAAGAGAUUUAAAAUGAAGAAAAACAAUUAA